AUGGCGUCACCCACUGCGUCCAUCGUCUUGCUCGAGGAGAUUGAUGACGCCUACUACGCGUCGAUCUGGCGGUCGCCGUCGACGCAGACGACAUGGUACAAGCGCGUUUACUUUGGCCUCUCUGGUCUCCUCCUGGCGACCGCGCUCGGCAUCGCGAUCGCGUACGGCUGCAGUGUCGCGACGUCACUCGACGACCUCUACACCGACGUCUUGCAUCUCGCACCGAAUCGCGACGUGUACGAAGCCGUGUUUCGCCGCCAGUCGGACGCCAUUGCCUCGCGCGUCGCGGUCGUCCAGUGGCUGCACCUCCCCGGCGCACUCUUUCUUCGGGCGCUCACGUGUCUGCUCAUCCCGACGAUCUUUCUCAACGUCAUUGUGGGCUUUGCCGACGUUGUCGCUGGCGGCGUCGGCACGCGCCUCACGCUCCUCGCGAUCGUCUGCUUUGUGACGACGAACGGUCUUGCUGCGCUCUCGGGCUAUGUGACGGCGACGUACCUUCUUCCAUCGUGCUUUUGGACGCUGCGCCAUCCCGCAACGGCCCUUCUUCCGGACGUCGACGGCGUCGUCCAACUCGUUUGUCCGAGCGAUGCUGCGGCCAUGCUUCGAUUGGUGGACGGCGUCCUCCGCUGCGAGACCACGAUGCAUCCAGAGGAUGACACGACGUACUUUGGGCUUCGUGACAAGAAACUGCAGUCGCGAAUGGCGAUGGCGUCGGAGCCGGACGUGUCGAUGCUGGAGCUCAUGCUUGACGCUGUCAUGCCCAAGAAGCUCCUCGACAUCUUUGACGAAGGUACGAACGUGAGCUUGAUCAUCUGCGCGCUCUUCCUCGGCGGCGCACUCGCCCACGUGCCCCGGUCCAAGCUCGUGUGGGGCCUCGUCCGCGAACUCAACAGCGCCAGCGUCACUAUGGUGCACUGGGUCACGCGCUGUGUACCGCUGGCACUUGUCUUUCUUGUCGGCGCCGCGCUUGUCGUGCCCGACGACCCGACGCCGGCGCCGUGGAAAGCGCUCAACCCCACCGACGCCGUUGCGUUCGACCACGCACCGGCGUUCCUCUUGCCUCGGCAUAUCAAGCACUCGAGCAUCUUUGAGACGCUGGCGCACGAAGGCGCCGCGUUGACCAGUCUCGUCGCCGCCCUCGUCGUCGCCGCAGCUCUUCACGUGACGCUGCUGAUUGCUGUGGCCGCGUUAGUGACGCGCUCCAACCCGAUACCAACGUUUCUCCUGCGCCUCGGCGUCCCAAUUGCGUUCGGUCUCUUCUCGGCCUCGUCGCUCGCCGCCCUCCCUCUUGCCGUCGAGUACGUCGACAAGACCUUGCGCGUGUCCCGUCCCGUCGCUCGGCUCGUGCUGCCAGCGGGCACCGCCGUGCACCUCGACGGCGCGGUGCUCUAUCUGGUCGUGAGCCUCUUCUUUCUGCUCACCAACGAGCCGGAAUCGAGUACUGUCGACCGCAGCGCGCUCCUGGUCGUCCUCCUCGGGGGCCUCGGCGGUUCGCUCUGCACGCCCGUGCCGCACAGCGGACUCGUCGUUCUUUUGUUUCUUUGGCAGUGCCUCUUGCCCGAUGGAAGUACGAACGGCGUGCCUGCCGCGAUGCACUGGAUCAUUGCACUGGAUGUGAUCCUGGAUCGCAUUGCAACCGCUGUUAGUGUCACGUCGCGGCUCCUUGUCGCCUACGUCGUUGAAGCCUGGCUCGCGACGCCGUCUACUUGA